AUGGCGAAUUCGAAAUACGAAUACGUGAAGAGCUUCGAACGCAGCCAGCCUGACAUUCUUCUGCCCAACACCUGGAUCGUCAUUCGCAUUGAUGGUCGAGGCUUCCACAAAUUAACGGCGAAAUAUGAGUUCGAGAAGCCGAACGACCGCCGUGCGCUUGAGUUGAUGAACGCGGCCGCCGUUGGCGUGUUCAAGGAGCUGCCUGACCUGGUGCUCGGCUAUGGUAUCAGCGACGAGUACAGCUUCAUCUUCCACAAAGACUGCAAUCUCUUCGAGAGACGAGCAGCCAAGCUCAUCACCACCGUCGCUACAACUUUCACCUCGCAUUAUAUAUAUCUCUGGCAAACCUACUUUCCCGACAAGCCACUCACCCCGCCCAUGCCGAGCUUCGAUGGCCGCGCCGUCAUGUAUCCCAGCGUGCAGAAUCUAAGGGAUUACAUGAGCUGGCGACAAGUUGACUGCCACAUAAACAACCUCUACAAUACAACCUUCUGGACGCUAAUCCAGCGCGGUGGCAUGGACGCCGCGGCAGCAGAGCAGCGCCUAAGUGGCACCGUGUCGUCGGAUAAAAACGAGAUUCUGUUCAAGGAAUUUGGCAUCAACUACAAUAACGAGGACGACCUCUUCAAGAAGGGCAGCGUUGUGUUUCGCGAUUUCGAACUCGUCGACAUCCCGACAAAGAAGCAGGAUCAGGCGGCGGCGGCGUCCGCCGAUCAUCAUCUGGACGACGACCCCACCGCCACGGCGUCGUUGGACAAUGCGCAGCCGUCGUCGACGGCGGCGCAGCCGCUGAGCAAGACGGCCGCCGAGAAGGAGAGGAAGCGCCGCGCCAAGGCGAAGAUCGCGGUUGAGCACGUCGACAUCAUCAAGGACGACUUUUGGCUGAGGCGCCCGUGGAUCUUGAGUGGGAGGGCGGGCAAGUUGAAGGAGUGA